AUGGACGAGACUCUGAUGGUGAUUCUCCUGCUUUCAGGCUUCUGCACCCCAUGCACACCUUUUCGAAACGACUACCUCUUCAUUAAUAAGAACAUGACCUGGGAUGAAGCAUAUCAAUACUGCCUCAUGGAGCAAAAUGAAAUGGCCCAAAUACAAAGCCUGGAAAACAACACCUCAAUGAUGAACAUUCAGACUGCGGGGUACACAGACAAGGCCUGGAUCGGACUGUUUGAGAACGCUUCAGAUUGGACCUGGGUGGAUGGAGAAACAGCCACAUAUUUUGAAUGGGGAAAUGUUCAGCCAGAUAACAUUGACACUGACGAGUACUGUGUGACCAUCGACAAUGAUGGACACUGGGGCUUUGCCAACUGCUCACUUAAGAAACCCUUUGUUUGUCAAGAUG